CUAAUUUUUAAACACGGCUGGAACGCGCCCGAGAUGCAUGGCUGGUGGCCAGCGCGGUGGCCACUGCUGCUGUUUGUCCUCCUGCACGUAUUUCGAGCCAACGGCAGCCUACUGCAGCCGCACAACAGCAGUACCAAUGGCAAUAGCAUCAGCAACUGUUGCCAGCGCCGGUUGUUUUGGCAAAGAUCGAUGCACAAUACCUGCCCACUUGGGAUUCUACCACUGCGUGGCACCGUCUAUAUUCUCUACGAUGUAAACAUCUCAGAGGGCUUCAACUUGCGACGUGAUGUCUACAUACGCAUGGCUGUUUUUGUGCGGCGCUUGCGUCGGCGUAAGCGUUUCCACAAUGUCCGUCUGGUUCUCCCGCCCUGGCCCCGCCUCUAUCAUUGGCACUCGCACGGCCUGGAACAGAGCAAUUUACUAUGGCGUAACUUCUUUGAUUUGGACAGCCUGCGUCGCUAUGCACCUGUUUUGGACUAUGAUGAGUUUCUAUCGGAAUAUAGCAUGUUUGGCAUGCCAGCCCUUCCGCGAGUACACAUCUCACAGGUGUUCCGCCUGACGCAUUACGAGGUGCUGCUGGAGCAGGGUGUGUUUCGCGACAAAUACGAGCGUCUAUCGCCAGGGGAACAGACAUGUAAUGAGCACUCUUUCAGUGGUGGGCCGUUGCUGCAGCAACCAUUGCUGCAUUACGGGCGCUAUCACUGCGUGCGCUUCCAGGGCAGUGCUGGACUACUGGAACGAAUGCUGCGCGAAGCUUUGGAUGAGGAUACAUCGGGCCCAGAGGAUGUGGACGACAUGCGUGUUUAUGCCGUUCUUAGUGCGGAAACUGUGCUGCACGAUCAUUGGGGCGAUGAGCAUUUUUGGCGAGCACGUCGGUCCAUGCGUUUUGCUCCAAUGCUCAGCAAAGUGGCGUCCGACUUUCGGCGCCUGGCACUCAGCACGACUGACACGUCUGCUGGUGUGCAACGACCUACCAUGUGGGAGCUAGAGCGGCCGAAGCGCGAUGCACGUGGGGGCGAUUACUUGUGCGCUCAUUUACGGCGUGGAGAUUUUGUAAAGUCCAGAGAGUCGACCACGCCCACACUCAAGUCGGCCGCGCAACAGAUAAAGCAGCUGUUGAGGGCCUUUAAUGUAACCACCGUGUUUGUGGCUACUGAUGCCACGCCCUAUGAACUUCUGGAACUUAAGGAGCUGUUUUAUAGAUUUCGUUUUGUGCACUUUUCGCCUGAGUCUGCGGACCAGCGAAAGCUACUGAAAGAUGGCGGUGUGGCCAUUGUGGAUCAAUUGGUUUGUGCAUAUGCUCGACAUUUUGUGGGCACCUACGAGAGUACGUUUACGUAUCGUAUUUACGAAGAGCGCGAAAUUCUGGGCUUCAACAAGGCUAGUACAUUCAAUACAUUCUGCAAGGCCUUGGGCGGUAAUUGUGCGCGAAAUGCCGUUUGGCCUAUUGUAUGGGACGACUAGGAAGGAAGGGAAAUAAGAAGAACGCGUUGUACUGAUUUUCAUAUUAGCGUUUUCUAUUUGUACGUGUUUUGUAUAACAUGUGACCCAACUCACCUUUAGUUGUAAUUACUAUGUAUUUUUGUGAGAUUAUUAACUAUUCCAAACUCUGCCAAAAAAUAAUAAAAUCGUUGAAAAUGUUA